GCGAUGCGGGCGGCGGAGGAGGCGAAGCGAGCGUCGGAGCCAUGGCGGAGGAUGCAGUCCGUGCGUGGCAAGCUGCCCGCCGCCGCCAAGCGGGAGGAGGUGCUGGAAGGGUUGCGGAGGGCAGACGUGCUCGUGGUGAGCGGCGAGACCGGGUGCGGCAAGACGACGCAGGCGAGACGGCCGGCACACGGCGCACUCUCCUCGGGCGCACGCACCUCACCGCGCGGGACCGCCUUGCAGGUGCCCCAGUUCAUCCUCGACGACGAGAUCGCAGAGGGGCGUGGCGGCGUGACGAGCAUCCUCUGCACGCAGCCGCGCCGCCUGUCGGCCAUCGGCGUCGCCGAGCGGGUGGCGGCGGAGCGCGGCGAGCGGAUCGGAGAGACGGUUGGCUAUCAGAUCCGGCUCGAGUCCAAGCGGAGCCGCGACACGAGGCUCCUCUUCUGCACGACCGGCAUCCUGCUGCGGCGGCUGCACGGCGACGGCGAGCUGCGCGGCGUGUCGCACGUGAUCGUCGACGAGGUGCACGAGCGCUCCCUCGAGUCCGACUUCCUGCUCAUCAUCCUGCGCGACGUGCUCGCCAGGCGGCCCGGCCUCAAGCUCGUGCUCAUGUCCGCCACAAUCAACGCGUCCCUCUUCGCCUCCUACUUCGGCGCGGGUGCCCCGCCGCCUCCUGCGGCGCCGACGCUCCACAUCCCUGGCUUCACGCACCCGGUGCGUGAGGCCUUCCUCGAGGAGGUGCUCGAGAGGACCGGCCACCAGAUCGAGGAGGGGGGGCCGUACGCGAGGAGGGCCCGCGGCGCGGAGGCGGCGGGCGGCACGGAGGGGCUCGGCUUCGCGGAGCAGGCUGUGGCGCGAGACGAGGACGGCGAGAGCUGGAGCGAGCACGUGCUGCGCUCGCUCGAGACGAUGGACGAGGAGAAGGUCAACAUCGACGCGAUGGCGGCGCUCGUGAGCCACCUCGACACGACCCGCCCCGAGGGCGCCAUCCUCGUCUUCAUGCCUGGCACGCGCGAGAUCUCGGCGCUGGGCGGCGAGGGCGGCGGCGGCGGCGAGGCAGGGGCCCGGCUCCUGCCUCUGCCUCUCCACGCGGGCCUCUCCUCGGCGGAGCAGCGGCGCGUCUUCGAGCGGCCGCCGGCGGGUCGGCGCAAGGUUGUGGUCUCGACGAAUGUCGCCGAGACGUCGAUCACGAUCGACGACGUCGUGUACGUGAUCGACUCUGGCCGCGUCAAGGAGACGCGGUACGACGCGGUCAACCAGCUGCCGCAGCUGGUCGAGACGUGGGUCUCGCAGGCGUCGCGCCGGCAGCGGCGAGGCCGGGCGGGGCGGGUCCGGCCGGGCGAGUACUUCGGCAUGUUCACGCGCGAGCGCUGCGGGGGGCUGGCCGCCUUCACGCCUCCGGAGAUGGCACGUGUCCCUCUGCACGAGCUCUGCCUGCAGAUCAAGCUGCUCGAGCUGGGCGAGAUCGAGCCCUUCCUCGCGCGGGCGCUCGAGCCGCCGUCCGAGGCGGCGGUCAAGGCCGCGAUCGGGCAGCUGGGCGAGUUGCAGGCGCUCGACGUCAAGCAGAGCCUCACGCCGCUCGGCCGCCACCUCGCCACGCUGCCCGUCGACGUGAGGAUCGGGAAGAUGCUGCUGUACGCGUGCAUGCUGCGCUGCCUCGAGCCCGCACUCAUCAUCGCCGCCGCGCUCUCGCUCCGCUCCCCCUUCCUCGAGCCCUUCGACCCGGACAAGCGCGCCGCCGCCCGGGAGGCGCGGCAGCGCUUCGCAGCCGACUCGCGCUCGGACCACCUCGCGGUGCUGCGGGCCUUCCGCGAGUUUCGCGCGCUGCAGGCGCGCGGCCGGCGCGCGAGCGGCGGCUGGUGCCGCGACUCGUUCCUCUCGCAGGAGCGGCUCGAGGGGAUGGCGCCGGUGAUGAGUCAGUUCCUCGAGCUGCUGCUCGACAUCGGAUUCCUGCCGGUGGGCGGCGAGCACUACAACGCGAACGCAGCCUCCGACCCGUGCCUGCGCGCCGUGCUCGCCGCUGGGCUCUACCCGAACGUGGUGCGAGUGGUGCCUCCCGAGGCGGCCCCGAGCUCGCGGCCGCACUACGCCGGCCGCGCGCGGGCGCCCCAGAUCGAGGGGCCGAGCGGGCUGGCGGUGGCGGUGCACCCGUCGUCUGUCAACGCGAGCGGCGGCGACCUACGCUCCCGCUGGCUGGUCUACUACGAGAAGGUGCGCACGUCGCAGGUCUUUGUGCGCGACUCGACGAUGGUGACGCCGUACCCGCUGCUUCUGUUUGGAGGCGAGCUCAAGGUCCAGCACGCGCAGCAGACCAUCGCUGUCGACGGCUGGAUUGAGUUCUCCGCGCCGCCGCGAGUGGCGGUCCUCUUCAAGCAGCUUCGCGCAGAGUUGGACAAGCUGCUGCUCGCAAAGAUCGAGACGCCAGAGCUCGACCUGCCGCUGACCGGCCGCACGAUCGGCACCAUCGUCGAGCUGCUCCAGCAGGAGGUGCACCACAGGGACGGCUGACUGCGCGGUCCCGCUUCGCCUUCGGCGCCAUCCACCGCCCUCUUCACGGACUGCGACAUCGGAGGCGCGAGCCUGUCUGCGUACGCGCGGCCCGCGCCCUGGUCGGCUCGUCACGCCGCGGCCAGUGGUGGUGUGCGCGUGGGACGCUGCUGCGCUGUGAGACGUUGGUUUUUUACGUGGCCAGGGGUCUUUCAGCGUCGAGCUCCCCGGAGUGUCAGAGUCGUGCGGGAGGUGGGUCUGAACUCUAAUGCGGCAGUUGGGCGAUGCCCUCGAGGCG